GUGGCAGCCAUCAAGCCAGACAUUGAGAAGCUGAAAAGCGCCCAGGCAAGGGAGGCGCUAAGCGCUGCCGAUGCUCUUGGUGACAAGUGUAAGACCGACGAUGUGUACAAGAAACCCAUCAUCGAAGCAGGUGGCAUACAGCUGGCGGUGAAGCUGCUGGGCGACACAAAGGACGAGAAGCCCGCCCGGCUCCUAAUGUACCUCCUGGCCGGGGGUGCAGGCAGUGAAAGUGCCAACCAGGCGUUGCUGGAGGAGCCUGGCGCCGUCCCUUCGCUGGUGGAGGUCUUGCAGAAAGGCUCCAGCGAGGCGCGGUCCUAUUCCGCCGCUGUCCUCCGGAAUGUGUCCGAGGACUCGGAAGCUCGAAGCAAGGCCGUGGCCCAGCAGGAAGGCGUCGUCGAAGGGCUCGUGGGCCUCGUGACGGCGCCCCUCAGCGACCCCUGCGCUCAGCGCCGGGCAGCCGAAGCACUGGGGAACCUGGCAAGGCACCACGGCAUCCGGCUGAGCAAGGAUGCCAUCAGCAAGCUGGCGCAGCUAUGCCUGUCUCGCGACGAGGAUGUGGCGGAAGCGGCUGAGGAUGCUUUGGAGAACUUGGCGCGUCAUGACGCCAACAAGGCCACCGUCGACCAGGUGAACGCGGUCAAGGCCCACGUGGAAAAGCUUAAGAGCAACGUGGCAUCGGAUGCUGAAGCUGCCGCAGAAGCGCUUUUCAACAUUUGCGAUGGUGAAGAUGACGAUGUGCUGGAGCGACUCGUUGUGAAACUCGGAGGGAUGACUCCAGCCAUGAAGUUGCUGGAUGGCACGCCAACAGCGCAAGAGAACGCGGCAGCGCUUCUAAUGCUCCUCGUGAACACGGGCGACAGCGCCGUCCGUGCGCUGGCCGAAAACCCCAAUGCCAUCAGUUCUCUGGUGAAAGUUCUCCGGAGUGGCGCCGCCCCGGCCCAGGCCGACUCCGCGGGUGUGCUCCGCAACGCCUCCCACUCGGAAGCCUGCAGCAAGGCCAUGGCGGAGAAGGGCGCCAUCGAGGGGCUUGUGGAGCUGCUGAGCUCAGGGGGUCGGACCCGACAGCGCCGGGCGGCCGGCGCACUCGCGAACUUGGCCUGUCAGGGUGAGGGUCUUCGCACCGCCAUCGGGAAGGCUGGCGCCAUUGGCCCCUUGGUGGAGCUGCGAGCGUCUGACGACGACGAUGUGGCCGCAGCUGCUGGGGAUGCAUUGGACAACUUGGCUUUGAACGACGAGAACAAGGAGGUGAUCAAGGCCAGCGAGAAGAAGGCACCAGCCGAGCAGCCAGAGGCUGAGGGGCCCACAGCGGCCGACCCAGCGCAGGCCGUGCAGGCCUGCGAGCAAAAGGCACCAGGUGAGCAGCCAGAGGCAAAGAUGCAGGCGGGCUAUCCGACCCCCACGCCUUCCAGCGUUCUCCCCGAUGGCAAGGGCGCGAGGCUGGCCAUGUUCUCCUUGCGCUUCGACAACGGUCCCAUUGAGGCGAAGUUUCGCCGCAUACACCAACUGCUGAAGAGUCACAAUUUCAACGUGCUCAUGGUUGAUGCCGACGCUGGCGACAAUUUUGGCACCAUGACCAUGGACUACUUGGACGAGCUUGUUGAGAACAAGGGGCUCAUGAUCGCAGUUUGCACCAAGCACUAUGGCGAGAAGACGGCCUCUCCCUACAGCUCCUUUAACGAGCUCCGGUAUGCCCAGGAUUACCAGCUGGACGUCUUGCCCCUGAAGGUGGCAGACAUCUACCCACCACAGCCCCCAAGUGGCCCUGACCACAAGUACGAUCAGAAGGGCGAGGCGCGGAAGCUCCUGCGGAUGGUGCUGCGGCCCAAUAUCUCCUUCUUCGACUGCUGCAGUUUGAGUGAGCAGGAGAUUGCGCUUAAGAUUGCCAACAAGCUCCUGGGAAGGGGCCACGGCGUGUCGGGUCACGGCUGA